AUGCCAUCAGGUGCCAAGAAGAGGAAAGCUGCCAAGAAAAAGAAGGAAAAGGGAACGGAAUUUAACACCAACCCUUCAACCACCAACCUUCAAGGGAAUGAUGAGGUGAAGUCCCAGGAUGAGAAAGGAAGUGAUGGUGGUUCACCUUCACAUGAAGACCAUGAUCUUGCUUUCAACGAAGAGGAGGAGGAUGGGGACCCUUCAGCUGCUCAACCAUCUGAUGCUGCUUCUUCCAAGAAUUUGGAAGAGGUCCCUGGUGAUGCUAAGAUUGGUGAAACUGAGGGAGGAAAAGAAGGUGUUAUUGUGAUAGAGUGGGAUGGGAAAUCUGAGGAGGGUUCUGAGAGCAAAGAUGUGAGUGCUGGGCAUGUUGAGUCUGUCAAAGAAUCUCAUCAUGGGAAUGGAAAAUCUGAUAGUCCAAGUGAUGAAUCCGGAACUGUGAAGAACUCGAAGGAUAAGUCCCAUGAUUCAAUAAAUGAGACAGUUGCAUUUGAAGAGUUGGUUGAAUCGAUGGAUUCUUUGCAUGCCAAAAUGACGUCAUUUACUCAAAAUGUGCUAGUUGAGGAGACUGCUGAUUUGGUUGCAGAACCUUCUACUGAACCAGCUAUAUCAGUGACGUCCGUACCUGAGGUGGAAACCAUUGAUAAUAAUAGUGCUUUAUUAGAGAAAUCAACUGGAUCUCAAGUAGAGGCAAAUAAUCUUGCUGUGAAGAAAAAUGAGGAUGAAGAACAUCCAAUCGCUGAUCAGAAUGUCAGAACACUAAGUUUGGAGGAACCUAAGCCAAGGGAAUUUGACAAUGAAGUAUCAGCAUCAGUGUCUCAUAGUCCUAUCCCUGAAUCUACUAUUGGUGCAGAACAUGUUAAAGAUUAUGAUACUCCAGAAUGCUCUGAAAAUCAGCCUCUUGUAUCAUCAGCUCCACCUGUGAUGCAAAAGACUUCCUGGUUGAGUUGCUGUGGACUGUGUGAUGUUCUGUCUGGCUCCAACAGAUAA